AAUAUGAUGAACUCAAAGUACCGGUUAUUAAGCAUUCACUGUUGUAAAUCCCCCAGAAUGCAGUGCGGGCUGAACUGUACAGUGAUCGCAAGGAGAGGUGGCGUCCCGCAGGAGCGUGAGCUAAAGGCAUGUGUGCCAGAAACACCUUCUAAAGGGAUCUGCACUGACACACCCGUCGAGACCGUCCUCAUCAUCUCAUCAUUCCUGCAGUCCACCGACCACACACGACGGAUCGAGAGGCUGGAGGGCGGUCUCUCUCCGGCGGUGUCGUACGGGGCCGACGGGUCAGUGCUGGGGCCCGAGGACAGCAGUCUGGACCCCCAGCGCACACGCCAGGCCAUCGCUCAGCUGCAGCAGAAGGUCCUGAAGCUCACCGAGCAGCUGCGCAUCGAGCAGGCGUCCCGGGACGACAACGUGGCCGAGUACCUCAAGCUCGCCAGCAAUGCCAACGACAAGCAGCAGAGCACCCGGAUCAAACAGGUGUUCGAGAAGAAGAACCAGAAGUCGGCGGCGAGCAUCGCGCAGCUUCAGCGUAAGCUCGAGCAUUACCACCGGCGCCUGCGCGAGGCGGAGCACAGCGGUGUGCAGCGGCAGCCCAAAGAUGUCCUGCGGGACAUGCAGCAGGGCCUGCGGGACGUGGGCGCCCGGGUCAUCACGGGCCUCAGCGAGGGAGUGGUCGACAGCGUGAAGGGAGGCCUGUCCAGCUUCUCCCACGCCACACACUCCGCCGCCGGAGCCGUGGCCUCCAAACCCCGCGAGAUCGCGUCGCUGAUCCGCAACCGGUUCGGGAGUGCCGAUAACAUCAGCGUCCUCGAGGACAGCGUGACCGAACACGAACGCUCUCUGGGAUCCGCCGCCGGACUCCUGCAGAAGUUCGGGAGUGACGAGGACUGUUCGAGCGCGGCCUCCAGUGUGACGGGAGCUCCCGGAGGUCCUCCGAGCUCCAGAGGGAACACACUGGAGAGGGGCCGCGGCUGGGACGUGUUUCUGCAGGAGGUGCAGGAGCUGCGGGACGCUCAGGCUCAGCUGGAGGAGACCCUGGAGAAGCUGAAGAGCGGGUGUCUGAAGGAGUGUACGCUGAUGAUGCAGGCGCUGCAGGAGGAGAGGUUCAGAUGCGAGCGUGUGGAGGAGCAGGUGAACGAUCUGACGGAGCUCCACCAGAACGAGAUCCUGAACCUGAAGCAGGAGUUGGCCAGCCUGGAGGAGAAGAUGGUGUAUCAGUCCAACGAGAGAGCCCGUGACCUACAGGAGGCUCUGGAGGCGUGUCAGACGCGGGUCUCUAAGAUGGAGCAGCAGCAGGUGGUGCAGCUGGAGGGCCUGGAGAACGCCAGCGCUCGGACGCUGAUGGGGAAGCUCAUGAACGUGCUGCUGGCGCUCGUGGCCGUCCUGCUGGUGUUCGUGUCCACCGUCUCCAACUGCGUGAUCCCGCUGAUGAAGACCCGCAGCCGCUCCGUGUCCUCGCUGCUGCUGUUCCUGCUGUUCGCCGUGCUCUGGAGGAACUGGGACUCGUUCUCGGGACACACCUCCCGCUUUCUGCACGUGCCCAGAUGAGCCCGGUUCAAGAGGAGCUAUUCGGACCUUUUUUAAAGACUUGAUGAUGUUUCAGGCUCUACUAGAACAGGUUUUCCUGCUUGAAUGUUGAUUAUUCUCCUCAUAUUCUCCAUUGUUGCGGCUCCUCUCUCCCCAGUCUGUCAGUAACGCUCUGGUUUC